AUGUCGCCAACUGCUACUGGCCCGGCACCUUCCGGUGUUGCUCCUAUCAGCAAGAAGGCACAGGUCACACCUGAUGACAAGACCACCAAUGACCCACGCGACUCAAACAUUCACAGAGCUAUUGCUCAACACCCAUAUGGCGGUGCCGCCAACCUUCGCGAUGUCUUUACAAACCAAGUGUCAUGGUCUCGUUUCUUCACGCUGUCGAAUUCGCCGGGUGCUUUGUGUUGA